UGCAUCCACUUCUCAACACUGAAAACAAUACGAAGCUGCCGACGUUGAUUUAUUUAUUUUUAUUAUAUAUUAUUAUAUUUUUUAAGUUUUUUAGUUUUUUUAGUUUCAUUUUGUAUGAAGCUGAUUCCAGUCCUAUCAUUACACUCCGUCAGUUCCGUUUCAUUUGUGGACCAAUGACUGCACAGAGGCUUUUCAGUUUAAUUAUAUUGGAUCAUGUGUCACACAGACUUUGUACUUUGAUUAUUACACAGAAACUCAGUCUGAAUGUGCUGUGCUGUCUGAGGGUUAGUGUUAGUACAUUUUUACUGAUCCACUGAGUAGUCAUAUUUCCGAUGACACGUGAACUACUCUUACGCUGUUAAACGGAACUGAGUUGGCUGAGACUAUGAUCUGUACCAGCGACGAUGUUCUCCUCCUGGUUUGGAUAAAGACUCACCUCCUCCAGAUCUCAGUGAGAUGGUCUCCUCAGCUCAUGAAAACAAUCAACCUUCCUUUCAAAAUGACUUCCAGAGGAAAACCUUUGACAGCUGCAUCUCUGUUGAUACUUUUGAUGAAAGUCUUCAGUGGAAGCAGUCUGACCUGUCAUCCAGCAGAGUAUCAGACAGGGAAUGAAUGCUGUCCCAUGUGUCCACCUGGAAGUCGUGUUAAAACAGAUUGCACAGAGUUCAGAAGUACGUCCUGUCUGCCUUGCUUAGAGGGAACCUACAUGAAUCAACCUACUGGACUUAAAAACUGUUUUCCCUGCACAAACUGUAACACAGGCUCUGGUCUGAAGAUAAAGACUUCAUGUACAUCAACAUCAGAUACAGUUUGUGAACCACUGGAAGGAUUCUACUGUAUGGACGUCAAAGACAAAGGCUGUGAGGCAGCACAGAGACACAGACACUGUGAACCAGGACAAUACAUCAGUAAAAAAGGAACAGCCUCCACAGACACUGAGUGCUCUGACUGCCCUGAUGGAACAUUUUCAGAUGGGACAUUUACAUCUUGUCAGCUACACACACAGUAA